CCCCCCCCCCCCCCCUCGACAAAACAGGAAGAAACAGAAAGUUGUGGUUGUGACAACCUGACAUCCCUUUUAGUUAGCUUUUAAAACAGCUGUUCAGUGAAAAGGUCUGUCCUUCUAAGGAGUCCGGUAUAAGUGCAGGAUCAUGUUGGAAUUUCUUUUCCAGUCCACUACUUUGGGGGCCAUUGUGGUCCUGCUGGUGCUCCACCUUUUUUACUCCAGCUUCAGCUCCCAAGAAAAGAAGACAGAGCCUCCAGGACCUAAACCUCUUCCGCUGCUUGGUAACUUGCUUCAGGUGGAUCUUAAGAGACUCGACAACUCUCUUUUUGAUCUGUCCAAAAAAUAUGGGCCAGUGUUCACAAUCUACCUUGGGCUUCAGAAGGUGGUAGUCCUGGCAGGAUAUAGGACAGUCAAACAGGCUCUGGUCAACCAUGCUGAAGAGUUUGGAGACAGAGCAGUCACUCCCAUAUUCUACGAUUUCAACAAAGGACACGGCAUACUAUUUUCCAAUGGUGACUCGUGGAAAGAAAUGAGGCGUUUUGCUUUAACUACAAUAAAAGAUUUUGGGAUGGGCAAAAGGAUUAGUGAAGGGAUAAUCAUUGAGGAAUGUCGCUGCCUGACUGAAGAAUUUAAACAAUAUGAAGGUAAAGCCUUCGACAACACCCAGGCUAUUUGUUAUGCGGCUUCAAAUAUUAUGUCCGCUAUCAUGUUUGGAAAGAGGUUUGAAUACAAAGACCCGGUCUUCCAAGCCAUGGUGGAAAAAGACCACGAGACUAUCCGUCUGACAGGAUCAGCUCCUAUACUGAUAUACAACCUAUUUCCUUGUCUGGGCCACUUCCUUAAAACCUGGAGGGAUUUAAUGAAGAAUGUGGAAGAGAACAGGGAGGACACAAAAAUCAUAAUAGCUGAUCUGAAGGAGACUCUGAACCCUGAGAUGUGCAGAUGUUUUGUUGAUGCAUUCCUGACCCGCAAACUAAAUUUGGAGGAGUCUGAAAUCAAGGAUUCACACUACCAUGAUGACAACCUGGUCAACAGUGUGACAAAUCUUUUUGCAGCUGGAACUGAUACUACAGCAAAUACACUUCAGUGGUGUCUGGUAUUCAUGGCCAAGUACCCUUAUAUUCAAGACCAGGUCCAGGAGGAGCUGACCAGGGUGGUUGGAAGCCGUCAGGUCCGAGUAGAGGACAGGAAGAACUUGCCGUACACUGAUGCUGUCAUCCAUGAGUCACAAAGACUGGCCAACAUUGUCCCUAUGGCUGUUCCUCACAAAAUCAGCCGUGACGUCACCUUCCAGGGCUACUUUAUCAAAGAGGGGACUACUGUGUUUCCUCUGCUUACUUCUGUUCUGUAUGAUGAGAGUGAAUGGGAGACCCCGCACACUUUCAACCCUUCCCACUUCCUGGAUGAGGAGGGUAAAUUUGUCAGGAGAGACGCCUUCAUGCCCUUUUCUGCAGGUCGCAGGGUGUGUCUCGGAUUGAGUCUGGCCAGAAUGGAGCUGUUCCUCUUCUUCACCUCUCUUCUGCAGCGCUUUCGUUUUACUCCUCCACCUGGAGUCUCAGAGGAUGAACUGGAUCUGACACCAGUUGUGGGCUUCACCCUCAGCCCUCCAGCUUAUGAGCUGUGUGCAGUCAGUCGCCAGUGAGGAAGAGAGCUGGAACAUCUUGAUCAUUGUAUUUUUUUUUUUUUUUGCCCAGACACUUAUAGAUAGGUAGUUUGUGAGAUUGCUGUUGUGACGGCCUGGGGCCUUUUAGGACAGUGUGGUGUUGGCCUGCUCUCUCUUCUGUGUUUUUAAGUCUUUCUUCCUGUUUGAUUGCGGCCACCUGUUGAAGUCUUUAAAUGCCAUGGUGAACCUGCCUUCCAGGAGGGGGAUUUCAGUGGUUGAGAAGCCAUUUGAAUAUCUUCAGCUUGAUUGAAACCAAACCAGUACUGAAAGCCUUGACUUCAUUUAUGACUACCUUUGGUGUCCCAUAGGUGAUGCAAACGGACCAAGGGAGUAAUUUCAUGUCUUGCACCUUUGCUCAAGUGGCUAAACGGUUGAGGGUUAAGCACUAGGUUUCCAGUGCCUACCAUCCUGAAUCUCAGAUUCCAUGACCAUUUUCAUCAGACGUGGAAGUCUAUGCUAUGAUCAUAUUUCACUGAACUCUGUCAGGACUGGGAGGAGGGCCUGCCUUGGUUGUUGCUUGCCUUAAGGGAGGUAUCACGAGAGCACAGGUUUCAGUCCUAACGAUAUGGUGUUUGAACACAUGGUUCAAGGUCCACUAGUAGUGUUGGGUGAUGAGUUAAAAAGCGAACCACCUGAUAAUGUUGUUAAUUAUGUGAAUGAUUUCCACCACCGACUGCAUAUGGUCUGUGCCACUGCUCACAAAAUCUUAGCUGCAAGCAGGCGAAGAUGGAAAAACCAUCGAAAAACUGAUACACGUCUGUUUGAGCCUGGUGAUAAAGCUUUGGUUUUGUUACCUAAUGGUAUGUUCACUGUUUCACGCAAGGUUUAGUGGGCCUUACAGUUAAAAGCCAGAUGUCGGAAAGGGACUAUUUGGUUUACACACCAGACAGAAGGAAGAAAGUACAGUGGUGUCAUGUGAACUUAUUGAAGCCCUAUCAUUCUGUUCAUUCUGACCCUGAGGGGGGAACAUUUCAUUGUCAACAGUCUUGCAUGUAAGUCUGUGAAACCAGUAGCCACGGUUGGAGGUCUGCCUUCAGAAGACUGACGUUCCUUCUGAGCCUAUUCUUACAGGGAGACAAUAAUUCUGAGUACCUGCUUAGAAAUCAGUUGGGUUAUUUGCCAAAAAUGGAGCAGACCGAUGUGGUGGAAUUGUUUAACUCUCACUUGUGUCUCUUCUCAGAUACACCAUCAUGUCCCAACAUGAUUGAGCAUGACAGGAGCUGCAUUGAAGAGUGGCAGAGAAAUUCUGCAAUACUUUGUCAUUGUAUGCAAGAUAUUAUUUCACAUAAAAAGUUCAAUACAACAGAGUUUAAAGCAAAGGCUUACUUGUCAAAUUAUUCAACUGACAAGUUGGGGGCACAGUGUCAGCUACAUAAAAUUUUUAAUCAAUCUGUAUGCCUAGGUUUAUUUUAAGAGCAGGGUUAUCCAGGGUGGUCUCAUCCAACAUACAGUUAAAUGGUGUAACAAUUAAGAGGGUAUCUAUAGAGGCUGUAUGCAGACUGAUUACAGUUUGAAGAAGUAAAGUACAAAACACACAGACUGAUCUAUAGUCGAUUCCAACAGUGUGGAGGCCAAUAAAGAUUUAAUAUAAAAACUAUAAUUGCGAAAGGGUUAACAAACUGUGAAUCAGCACUGUAGCAUAACAGUCUGUUUUACUAGCUACUCAACACCACAUCAUUUCGGUUACUUUUUUCAGUCGUAUCUUUGGGUGACAUUUAUGAGGUACAACAAGACAUCUUGGAAAGUAGUAUAGCCAUUUAUUUAUACUCACAUUUAUCUGCCUCAGAUGAAAAUAUUUAAGCUAUUUUAUGUCAGAGGUCGCACGCCUCUGUAGCAACUAGGGGCUAAGCGUCUUGCUCAGGGAGACAUCGGUGGGUCACAGUGGGAAGUUGAACCCAGGUCUCCCACACCAAAGCCACAUGUCUUAUCCACUGUUCCAUCACCACCAAAUAGGUCAGUACCAAAAACUGACACCCAAGUCAGCGAGGAUCCAAACUCUUGCUCAUACAUGUUUUCCACAACAGAGGCAUUGGGCAGCAGCUCUUCAGAGAUUUUAGCUGGACAGCCACCAGCUGCGAGUUCAUUGGGUCUCCCACGGCCUAAAACAAGAAAACAAAUAACUAACAUAGCAAUGCUAUAUGUGGUUUGAGUGUGAAAAAAUAACUGCUUAAAAGUGUAUUCAGUUUAGCAUACCUGGGAUGCUGUGUGCAUUCCACAAUUGCACCACUCUGUCUAGACCAAUUUGGCUUAAUUAUCAUGUCAGGUUUGAAAUACAGAAUUUAGUCAUUGUCCUCCAUGUUGAGGACUUCUUUGUCCAGCAGGUGUACCAAGGGCUUUUUUCUAUGGGUGUUCACCUCGGCCUUUCCAAUCGAAGAUUCUGUUGAACACAAAAAAUUAUUUCAGAUGGUAUGAAAAUGUUAGUUUGAGAUAUUAAUUCCCAUUUUAAUUGCUUUCACUCCUAUUUGUUGCAAGAAAAAAAUGGUCAGUCUUUCUUUCUUCACCAUGUUUGAUUAAUAUUAGUUGUACUGUUUGUCAGCAUUACAAAAACCUCACCCUUGUUGAUGUUGUUUGAAGGUAUGGUGGCCUGCUAGGGUUGUGUCUGUGUCUUGACAGCAUCUCUUGCAUGUCCAAACACAUGGAAAACUCCCUGCCAUCGACCCGAGUUGGUCCCAUUCCAACAUUUUUAUAUUUUGAUUAAUACAGCCUUGUGUUCCAUGAGCCCAGAAAAUUCACAAAUAAUUUUUACAACAAAGAAAUUCUUAUAUGUAGGGGCUGGUUAUAUUAUUGUAAUUGUUUUAAGUUCAACUCCUAAAUAUCUUUAAGCAAUUUCUAAAGAUGAUCUACACCAAUCAGCCAUAACAUUAUGACCACUGACGGGUAAAGUGAAAAACACUGAAUUUCUUGUUACCAUGGCACCUGCCAGUGGCCGGGAUAUAUUAGGCAGCAAGUAAACAUGUCCUCAUAGCGGAUAUGUUAGAUGCUGGAAAAAUGGGCAAGCCAGGUGCGUAGGUAUAAGCAGUGCAGACAGUGCAGACAGUGCAGCCGCGUUUGGCCCGUGACACGAGUGUGAAAUUUACGUUUAAGUUUUUAUUGCACACUAAAAUUCCAUAUCGCCUCACACAUCUACACACUUGGUGAGAGCAUGCGGUAUUUAGACCCUCAAAUCUGCACAUCCACCUUUGCUAUAGUGUCAAUCAGUAGUUCUAUCAAAGAAAGUCUGUAGCAAGCGAAGUAUAAAGAAAUGUAUUCCACAGAGUGAAUAUUGUCUUAUUUUCUUUGGUUUUCAUUUCACAUAGCCUACAUAUGCAGUGAUGAUUGCUGGGUAAUAUGUGUUUAUUGUUGCCCAAUCUUUGUGUGUGACAAGACGAAAAGGUGGGUGGCUAGGUGAGGGAAGCUCCCAAAUUUGAUUCUUUUGAAUUUUUUACUAAGCACACUGUCAAAGAUUUUGCUCAAGACAAAUACCGUUUGCCUACAAGUGAUUUUUCAAGAUUUGGUGUAUCUUAUGGGCUACCAUGCCCUGUUUAAGAGAAUUUUAUCUUUUCAGGGUCAGGUCGCCACUGAACACCUGUUUGCGUUUGUGCUUGCGGGUUAUAAACUGUGUAUGUGCUGUAGCUAACCAGUUUUCAGGACAUAGUGUUGUUGAUGGGUAUAACAGCACUUUUAUGUAUUAUUUACCCUAAUCUCUUGCCUCUCUGUUGAAAAGGAAUGCGGUUGCUGUGAUUCAUUAACUGAUUGUACAGAAGAUGCCCCAAAAAAUCUGUAUUCAUUCCAGCCCCACAGUGAAAACCUUGCUGCACUCAGGUGUUUGAGAUCACAUUUUAGGAUUUUCACAGUGACAGCACUAUAAAGGCUUCUGAUAACAUU